UCCGAAGACGUGACGCUAGAAUGGUUGAACAAGCAGCUGGAGACGGCGGAGGAACGGUUGGAUCAACGCGUCAAGAGUUUGGAGUCGAAAGAAGAGGACAACGACGAAAUAGAAGACAACGAUGAUGAUGAUGCGGGCCAAGAGCACAAGGGUUCUCCCAUGGAUCGAUUGCACGAACUCAACGACAAAGUGGCAGCCUUGGAAUUGGCGCAACAAGUGUCGGAAUGGGCCGAAAAGACGGACGACCGACCAGAGUCGUUUGUACUGGCGGCGCAGAAUGUCAUUGACUUGGCCAAUAUUCUGUGCCAACACGAGGAUAGUCAAUCCUCCUUGUAUCGCAAUCUAUACGAUCGAGAAUACCAGCCACUCCAUGCCCAUGUCCGCAGUCAUUUGAUCCUGCAACUACGCAACAUGCUUCUCAAGGCUGGCUAUCCCAGUGCCGAAGGUUGUGGCGCGCUGCUUACUAACGAUGCAUUGGGACAAGUCUGUCAAGCACUGACGCAACUACAAGCCACCAACUUUAAAUUGGCCAAUCAUACUCAUAAAACCAGUGUCUCGGCCAACUCUACGCCGUGGUCAUCGGGAGAAACCUGCGAUGUCUUGGUGGAGUUCUUUCGACCCAUUGUCGAACGAGUCCGAUUUCAUUUUGUCGAGUUUCAUGCCGACCGACCCACAUCCAGCAAAAUGGAACGAUUGCCCGAAAUUCUCUUGACGUAUUUGCAAGAACAUGUCAUUGAAGGAAAAUCUACUACUGGAAACAACAACAACAAUUCAUCGUCUCCCUGGGAACUGGUCACGCUGGGAUUGGCUCCGUUUGUCACGGAAGAAAUGCCCUCGUUGUUUCUCAAUGAGCUCGUGGGGCUGGCACAAUAUGUAUUAGGACCCGAGCGCAACUUUUUUAGAGAUCAUCGUAUUGCCGGACGCGAGUCCAAUCCCAUGCUGUUGUGCAAUGCCAUUGAACAAUUAUUGCAAUUCGAUGAUGCCCUACGCAAUCUCCUGCCCAUGGGACAAUCGGAUCGUCUGGUGAGACUGAUGGAUAUAUUUGUGGCAGGAGACGAAGAAUUGUUGGGAUGGUGGCUGAUUCGAGAAAAGGAAAUGGUGUUUGCGACCUUGUUUGACGACAGCAGCAAGAACGACGAUGAUGAUGAGCAUGCUACCAAACUGGCUGCCUUGGUCAAGUCGCGGAUAUCACCCCGUGCCGAACUCUUUUGUGCCUUGAUUCGUUCGGUGCAAGUCAAAGCGUCCGUCUUUUCCUUUUCGGGGCCAUAUCUCAAUGCGGUAGCGGUGCCACUCUGCAUGCAAUUCCUCGAUGCCGUCCACGAAUCCUCCACGGAUCUAAAGAAAGCGUUAACCAGUCCAUCGACGCGACUGCAAUUUCUAGCCGACGACAAGUUUCUCGCCAAGAUUUUGGAAGAUUGGAUGGCAGUCAUCAAUGGGACACGCUUGGCCGCUGCCAUUCUGACGCGAGACAACCCAUGGGCGCAACAGAGCAUGGCACCCAGUGCCAAUUCAAGUGUCAAUGACCUCGCUCGAUUUGGAAGGUCUCUGGAGCAACUCCAGAACGUGCUGGUGGAAGAGUUUGCCUUGACAUUUGUAGAAACGUUUCUCAUGGAACGAAGAAAAUUGGCUGCUUAUCUGAUGGGGUGCUCGCAUUUCCUCUCGCACUCCAUGGAGGAGGACGAUGAGGAGGAGGAAGAUGACGGGGAUAUCUCGUUUAUUUUGAAACCAACUCUGAAUGCCAUGUCGAUCUUUCUGCAAUUGUGCAGUGACUGUGACCGAGAGGAUGGUGACGAGGACGAGGGGCAAAACUUUGCCUCGUUCUUUGCACCUCGUGUCAUGCGGGCUAAAGUGAUUCCGAUGAUUGCCAACAAAUUUCUCGAGGUGGCGCUGGAUUGGCAGGGGCUCUCAGUAGGCAUUAUUCUACCCGAGGGCGCCGUGAUCUUUGAGCGGGAUGUACUGGCGUUGUUUGAGGACCUGUCCUCGUGGAAGGAGGUGGAGCGACUCUUGGACGUUGCAAAGCUGAUGAACAUGCACCUAAAGCCGCUGGAAGGAUUGCAUAGUGCUCUCAUGGGUUUGAUUGGCGGUCCCGAGGACCCAACUAGGCCAUGGCUACUACACAGCCAUCAAUUCACUCAAGAUGCUGCCUUGUUCGAUCAGGCUAUUUGUAUGCUCCGUGCCAAGGGCUUCUCAUUGGACCUGGAGGAUGCUCUGUCUGUGCUGAACCGUCGAAAGGACCUCAUGGAGCACUUGCGAAAGGCGGAGUGGCUAGCUACAGUAGAUUAAGAGUUUCCAGCUAAGUAUCAGAUUCGUUGGUCUGGAACCUAUGCCGGCUUUGUGCGUAUCAGGUACAACAAACAUCAAGCGUGGAGCCAAUCAAUGCCUAAUGCCUACUCAGCAGCUGGAUU